AUGCCACGAGUGCGCGCGAGCGGCGCCGCCGCCAAUGCUCCUGUAGCCGCGACUCCUCUCAAAUCUGCUGGCAUUAAGAUACCACUCAACGAUGAUCGCGAAGAAAAAGCAAAGCGCCUGCAGUCUCGCCAGGCUUUCCACGAAAUGCACAUGAAUUCCCUCAAGGCUGCCGCGUCACCUGCUCGUAAACGCAAGUCUUUGGGAGCCGACCUCGCCGAAGGACCAAUGACUCCUAGCGGCAAUGGAAGUCAAGAUGAAGCUUUCCAUGUCGGAGGAAGUGCUGUCACACCCAUGAAGCGUGUCCCUAUCUUGGCCAACUUUGAAGAAUGGAUGAAAAUGGCCACCGACAACAAGAUCAACGCCACAAACUCCUGGAACUUUGCCCUGAUCGACUACUUCCACGACAUGUCUCUGCUACGAGAAGGCGACGGUGUCAACUUCCAGAAGGCCAGUUGUACCUUGGAUGGUUGUGUCAAGAUUUAUACCAGCAGAGUCGACAGUGUCGCAACAGAGACUGGAAAGCUGUUGAGUGGUCUUGCCGACAGCGGAAACAAGAAGAAGCGCGGCGACGCGGAUGAUCAAGACAAUGAAGAUGGUGAAGAUGAGGAGGGCGAGGAUGGCACAAAGAAGAAGGCGAAAAAGAAGACACACCGCUCCGAGGCCACACUUGCCACUUCGUUCGCUCAACUACAACUCAAGAAGAUGGAACUCGAGUUCUCCGUCGAUCCACUAUUCAAAAAGGCCUCGGCUGAUUUUGACGAGGGAGGCGCAAAGGGCUUGUUACUGAACCAUCUUUCAAUCGACAACACUGGCCGCAUUGUCUUUGACAGCAGCGACGACGCCCAAGAGGACGAUGAAUCGCGACGAGACAGCAUGGUCGAAGGAGAAGAAGGAAAACUCGACGAGGAAGAAAUAAAAGCUGUUAACCAAGCGCCUAUCGACAUUUCAGGUCUGGCCGCUCGCUUCUUUCCCGACCUUUCCAAACUCGACUCGCAAGACAUUUGCCCAUCUCUCAAAACCUUCGAGCUAGGCGGCGGUAGUGCUUCGAUGGAUCUACCCUUCCUCAAAGCUCCGGAGGACUGGCGUGCGCAGAAAGAAGAGGAGGACCUUGAUGAUGCUCGUUCGGGUAUUGUUCUGGGUGAUGACGAUGCCGUUGGCUUUGACGACGAUGACGGCGCAUUCGGCGGCUUUGAUAUUCCUAUCGAUGCUGGCUUUGGCGAGGGCGGUGAAGCCUGGGCUAAGGAAGCACAUGUUGAGCCACAACUCCGGCCUCACGACGAUGGUGCUGAUGUCGAUGCUGGAGUAGGUGUUGAUGCAGAGGGCGGCGAGGUUGGCGGUUUCGAUUCGAAUGGCAACCAAUUCGGUGUCACUCUUGCCCAUCGCGGUGACGAGCACGAAAAUAUUCUCAGCUACUUCGACCAGGCAUUGCAGAAGAACUGGGCUGGACCCGAGCAUUGGAAGAUCAAGAAGAUAAAAGAUGCUGCGAAAGCAACACCAGCCACAACAAAGAAGAAGGAGAAGGAGCCGUUCGAAAUCGACUUUAUGAGCCCCAUGAACCAACAACUAGCCGACCUUCUCUAUACACCAGCUCCUUCGAAUGCGACUAUCAGUCUCCCGAAGAAGGAUUGGAAGAGCAAGACUCGCAAUUUGCUGCCCGACGACAAGCAUUUCAGCUCACGCGACCUGUUGCGACUGUUCCUCAAACCUAAAGCUCGUAUGGGCUCACGAAAGGUGGUGCAACAAACUCGUGGCGCCGCGCAAUUCCAACAUGGUGAUGUUGACGAAGCCUAUUGGGCAAACAACCAAGGUCUCGCUGAGCCACAGCCUAUCGACGAAGGGACUGCACGAGGAGACUACGACGCAAACUUCUUCCAAGACGACGGCUUGGGUGCCGCAGCGGGAGCUGCAGACGAUGACGACGACUUUGCAGAUGCGCAGGAGAUGCUUCCAGCAGCGGAUGCCUUCGACGCCGCAGAAUCAGGAGUGCCUAACAGUCAACCUCCCAGCAGUCAAGAGACCGCCUUUGGAUCGAAUCUCAUCACACAAAGUAGACGCAUGCGACCAGAAUAUGUACAAUACGCUCGUGUAGCGAAGAAGGUUGAUGUACGACGACUGAAGGAAGAAAUGUGGCGAGGCAUUGGAUUCGAGGUCGAGCCUUCACAAACACUAUCUAGGGCCCCACCACCGACUGUCGACAUAACAGAGGAAGGUACUUUCAAGUUCACAGACGUCAUGAACAACCUGCGGCACGUCUAUCCACAACAACAAUUAUCAGAUAUCAGCACGAGUUUCGGCUUUAUCUGUCUUUUGCAUCUGGCGAACGAAAAGGGUCUGGUGAUAGAAAACCAGGCUGGGUUCGAAGAGUUGAUAUGCAGGAAAGACGACACUUUUAAUGCUGCGGAUAAUGUUUAG